UUCUAUUACUGAAGUUACAUACAACAAAUCGAUACAGAGUCUACAAAAUACCAUUGAGAGUGAUAGUUCUCUGAAAGGUUAACAAAAUUUGGAGAGGUAUUACCAUUCAUAAGUUGCAAAUACUCUGACAAUGGAUCAUCUGAAGUUGACAAUGGAUGCGUUGUCCGUGGACACCAUAAGUGACCUGGUCUUUGACCCCAGCUGUGGAGCUGUGUCUAUUUUCGUCGGAAUUACAAGAGAUAAUUUUGAGGAUAAAAAGGUGGUGCAUCUGGAGUACGAAGCAUAUGAAGCAAUGGCAUUGAAAGCAAUGAAAGCCAUUUGCGAGGAGAUUCGCAGAGAGUGGUCUGCUGUUCACGGCAUCGCUAUGUACCAUCGAUUAGGCAAAGUCCCCUGUCGCGAGGCGUCUGUGGUUAUAGCAGUAAGCAGCCCGCACCGCCGCGACUCUCUCGAGGCGGUCUCGGCCUGCAUCGAUCGGCUUAAGGCGCGGGUGCCCAUCUGGAAGAGGGAGGUGUACGCCGACACGCCGCCCGUUUGGAAGGAGAACCGCGAAUGUGCGUGGAGUACUCAUCAUUCACAGAUUGUGCCCCAGGCACAGUAGGUUAACUAUGAACUUCCUGCGGUACAGUCAGCAUCAAAAUAAUCUUACUUUAUUUAGUUUGCUAGACGACUACGACGAGAUAGGAAUUAUUUAGGUGUGCAUGCUCCAUUAUCGACCUCAUCGUCUCUUUCUAUCAGGUGAGAAGGAGGUCAAAUGUACAAUUUUAUAAUACAGAGUGACGGGGUGAACAAGUCGUGCGCGCACAUUACUGCUUGGCGUCAGAAAUAGGUAAGGUGGCAGCACUCACCUUUACUGUUACUUUGAAUUAAAACGCUUUAGUCUUCGUUUGGUCGACCGACAGCACGCUUGUCAGUCAUGCCGUACCGUAAUUCUAUAUACUAUGGCAUGAUUGUUUAUUAAAAACUUGUAAAACGAAAAACAGGAUGGUGUAUCAUAUUUUAUUAAGUAGUAUAUUACGUUGUCGUAGUUAUCAUUUCGUAUAUCAAAGUUAUUUUCACGUUUGUAAUAUAUGUAUGUAUAUUUCUUUAAGUGAAUUGUUUUAAAUUAAUAUUGGCAGUAAAGGAUACUUACUCAUCGACUAUAUAACAGAAAUAGAGACGAAAUAUCAUUUAAUUUGUUUGAAAACUAUUCUGCCAAAUCAUUACGGUGACGUGUGUCGUCAAUUGUUUCAC